GCAUUGAUGAAUCAGGGGUUUUAUCUGUAUGGACAGGAUCAAGGCCUUGGCAGCAUCUCAAUGCCACUAAAUCCCUGCUCAUUAAAAGAACAAAACCUCUGAUCCGGCAACCUUUGAUUGAGUUUUAUAAAAGAGGCUCGUGGCCCUCUGUCCUGGAUAUUACAUUGAGGAAGAGUGCUCUAACAACAGCCCAGACAUGAGUAAGAUCACUUUCUACGAGGAUAAAAACUUCCAGGGUCGCUCCUAUGAGUGCGACACGGACUGCCCCGAUGUGCACCCCCAUUUCAGCCGCUGCAACUCCAUCAAGGUAGAUAGCGGCUGCUGGGUGCUGUACGAGAGGCCCAACUACGGAGGCUACCAGUAUGUACUGACCAGGGGAGAGUACCCAGAGUACCAGCGCUGGAUGGGAUACAGCGACACCAUUCGCUCCUGCCGUACCUUUUCUUAUGCCAGCGGCAGUCCCUACCGUAUGAGAAUCUACGAGAGGCCAGACUUCCAGGGACAGAUGAUGGAGUUCGGCGAGGACUGUGACUCCGUCCAGGAGCGCUUCCGUAGCCGUGACAUCUACUCCGCCAACGUCAUGGACGGCUACUGGACCCUCUACGAGCAUCCCAACUACAGGGGGCGCCAGUACUUUAUGAGGCCCGGCGAGUACAGGAAGUUCAGCGAAUGGGGAGCCACCUGUGCCACAACCGGCUCCUUCCGUAGGAUCACCGACUUUUAGACCCAACAUCCUCUCCACUCUGACCAGUCAAUAAAACGAUUGUUUAAAUAA